AUGUCGCUGUUAAACCAACUCUUCAACCGUGGAGUCUUCGGCGCGAAAUGCAAGACAUGCUUGAAUUUGGCGAUUGCUCGGAUGAAAUUGCUGCAGAACAAGAGAGAUAUGCAGCUUAAACACAUGAAGAAGGAGAUAUCUCAGUUCUUACAAGCUGGACAGGAGCCAAUCGCUCGAAUCAGGGUGGAGCAUGUGAUCAGAGAAAUGAAUUUAUGGGCAGCUUAUGAGAUAUUGGAGCUAUUCUGCGAGUUUGUUCUUGCUCGUGUUCCAAUUCUUGAAAGUCAAAAGGAAUGCCCGAGAGAGUUGAGAGAAGCUAUUGCUAGCAUCAUCUUUGCUGCUCCGAGGUGCUCAGAAGUGCCUGAUCUUCUUCAAAUCAAGAAUCUUUUUGGUACAAAAUAUGGAAAAGAAUUUAUCAUGGUUUCUUCUGAGCUCCGUCCGGAUUCUGGUGUCAAUCGCACAAUCAUUGAAAAGCUUUCUCCGGCCAGUCCAUCGGGAGAGGCAAGGCUCAAGGUCUUGAAGGAGAUUGCCAAGGAGUACAACUUGAAUUGGGACUCUUCUGCCACAGAAGCAGAGUUCAUGAAGAGCCAUGAAGACUUACUGGGUGGAGCUAAGCAAAUACAUAGUCAAGAUGGUUUCUCUGAAUCUCGACCAUCCCAACAAGGCUACACUCAGUCAUCUAUUUCUAGUGAAGCUGAGACUCUAACUGCAGAGGCCACACUGAGACUCCAGAGGCUUCAAGCACAAACCCCAGUGACAUCAUCUAAGCUGACUCCAGCUUCGCGAGCGCCUCCUGAUACUACUAGACGGGAUCAGACUGAUGCAAUGGAGAGAGCUCGGGCUGCUUUAGCUAGCGCGGAUCGUGCAACAGCAGCUGCUCGUGCUGCAGCACAGCUAGUGAAUGUCUCUUAUGGGGUUGCUCCACCCACAGUAGCAGCAGAAGGGAAGCCCUCAAACUUUAUGUAG